UUUGUGAGAAGGGCAAAAAAUGCUUCUCCUAGAGGAAAUAGAAUAAAUUUGCAAUCUGUUUGAAUUUGGUCUCAAAUAUGUCUCUACAGUCAGUGAACUGCUUCAAAUUUCCCCUCAAACCCUCAAAUUCAUUGAUCUAACUAAAACUUGCUUUUUACAACAAAAUUUCGCAAGCCGGAAAACCCACUUCCGCCAUUGAAAUCAUGGAAAAAACUAGGAGUAAUAUAUCAAACACCAAAGAAAAUCUGAAAACCUCAAGAAGCAGAGUGCUACCAAAAUCUCAAAAUCAUACACAAAGCAUUCAUUCUCGGAAAUGACGAUGCCUGUUAUGAGACUAUGGAAUGUAGCUGAGAUGGGAAAUUUUGUCGUUAUGGAUAGCGAGUUGACUCAGCUCCAAAAGGACCAGAUGGAGGCCAUUCUUGGGUCUGAGUCUGAGCCAUUUGAAACCUUUAUUUCGGAUCACAUAGAGAGCUCCGAGGAAAAAGAUUCGGAGGCUAAGUCAAUGUUUGAGAUGAUGAAGCAGAAGGAUCCUGACUCCUUUGCUCUUAAGCUUGCUGAGUUUCUUGGCCCUUCCCAUGACCUUUAUUACCGUGAAGAAUGUGCUGUUCUCCUCAACAAGUUGCUUACUGAUGACGAUGAUGACGACUUAUGCACUUGGCGCGAUCUAAGUCUCUCCACUCAAUCCACCAUCAAAUUUAUAAUGCUUAAUCGUAUGAGCCUGGAAGAAUCAGAAUUCAUCAUCCUAAAGCUCACUAACAUAGUUUCGAAGCUGGCUGCUUCACUUCUCCCAAAUAACAAAUGGCCUGAAUUGUUUCCCUUCUUGUAUCAAUGCCUCACUGAUGAUUCAACUUCAAACAACCACUUAAAAUUUUGUUCUUUCUUAGUAUUUGGGAUGCUAGCUGACGACAUAGGCGAAACAAUAGUCCCUUGCAUAAAGAAUUUGCACCCACUAUUCCUUAAUACACUGAAUGAUGAUACCCUCUUUCUCAACGCGAGGAUCGCUGCCACAAGAGCUGUGAUCAGCUUCAUUCAGUGUGUACCGGCCAAUUCAAAUGAGAAUGAGCGGUUUCAAGAUCUAUUGCCAGGUAUGAUGAGGACAUUGACUGACGGGUUGAGCAUAGGUGAUCAGGAGGAUCUAGCACGGUAUGUGCUGGAUUUUUUCAUUGAGUUGGCGAAGAAUGAGCCUAGGUUCUUUAGGCGGCAACUAGUGGUUGUUGUGGGUUCAGUAUCAGAUAUAGCAGAGGACGAGAAAUUGCAAGAGGGGACAAGGCACUUGGCAGUUGAAUUUUUGAUAACAUUGGUUGAGGCUAGGGAGAGGACACCUGGGAUGAUGAAGAAGUUACCGUUGUUUAUUAGCAGAUGUUUUACAAUGUUACUGAAUUUAUUACUAGAUAUUAAGGAUGACCCCGCUUGGCAUAAUGCCAAGGACGUGGAUGAUGAUACAGGGACUACAAGUAACCACCAUGUUGGUAAGAAGUGUUUAGAGCGGUUUUCUAUUGCAUUAGGAGGUAAGUCUAUUAGUUAUAUUGCUAUAGAGCAGCUGUGUGCUUAUGCGGCUGCCCCAGACUGGAAGAAGCGCUAUGCAGCUCUGUUUGCACUUGCUCAGAUUGCUGAAGGUUGCUCAAAGCUGGUGAUGAUUAAGAAUCUGGAGCAACUAGUGAAUAUUGUUCUUAAUUGUCUCCAAGAUCCUCAUCUUCGAGUCAGAUUGGCUGCUUGCGAGGCAAUUGCCCGGUUGUCGAAGUUCUUCUGUCCAAAUUUUCAAGAACAAUACCAUAACCAAGUAGUUCCUGCAUUAACUGCAGCUGUUGAUGAUAAACAUCAACGAGUGCAGGCAUGUGCUGCGGGAGCUCUCUCAGCUUUCUGUGGGCCCGUCAAGCCAGAAACUUUGUUACCUUACCUAGAUGGAAUAGUUAACAAACUGCUUGUACUUCUACAGAAUGGUGAACAAAUGGUCCAAGAAGAAGCAUUAUGGACAUUGUCUCGUCUAGCUCAAUGUGUUGGGGAGCACUUCCGGACCUAUUAUGAUACUGUUAUGCCACACUUGAAAGCUGUAUCAAUAAAGACAGAUCUUAAUCUCAUUCUUCGUGCCAGAGCAAUGGAGUGCAUAAGCUUUGUUGGGUUUGCUGGUGGCAAGGAGAAAUUUAGAGAAGACGCAGAGCAGGCUAUGGAAGUGCUUAUAUCAUUACAAGGAUUACAAACAAAUAGGGACGAUCCUCCUACUAAGUACUUGCUAAUAGCAUGUACUAGAAUUUGCAAUUGCCUGGAACAGGAUUUUCUUCCUUAUAUGAGUGCAGUCAUGCCGUUUAUGAUUCAUUGUGCUCAACUUGAACCCGCUGCGACUAGCUUUGCGGGGUUGGUCCUGCGCGGCUACGCUAUGAUAUUAGAGGAAGACUUCUACCCAUGGAUUCCCCAGGUUGGUGUUGCUCUCAAAUGCACACACACAGUCGACAACUUCAGACCCAGAGCGCGGUACUCGCGCUUUAAGCUCGAAAAUAGCUCUGCUAGAACUCUCGCUGCGAGGAUCGCCUCGGGAGCUCAGGUUCUCUUCCAGGUCUGUUGUUUCAGUCUUUGCAUGAAUCAGGUUGUUUCAGUCUUUGUUCCACUUUUGAAAUUCUAUUACCACAACGAAGUCAGGAAUCAGGCUGCUAAAGCCAUGGCCCCCCUGUUGCGUUCUGCUAAAUUGGCUGUUGAGAAAGGCAUUGCUCAAGAUGGAAGUGAGUCAUAUUUCACAAAGUUGUCAGGCGAUAUAAUACUGUCUAUGGUAGAAGCUUUGCAUGAGGAGCCUAUGACAGAAAUAUGUGCAGUCAUGUUGGAUGAAUUGAAUAGUUGCCUGCAGAUCUGUGGCCCACUUCUCAAUGAAAGUCAGCUUCGCCUUAUUGUGGAUGAGCUAAAGCAUGUCAUUACAGAAAGUUCAAAUAGAAAAGGAAAACUCGCAGAGAGAGCAAAAACAGAAGAUUUUGAUGCUGAGGAAGCUGAAUUGCUGAAGGGUGAAAAUAUGCAAGAAGAUCUAAUUUUCUCCCAUGUUGGUGCAAUAUCGGAUACGUUGAUAAAAAACUUCAAGGUUGCUUUCUUGCAUUUCUUUGACGAGCUGUCAUCAUAUCUUUUUCCUAUGUGGGGCAAAGAUAUAACAGCUCAAGAGAGAUGUACAUCAAUUUAUAUCUUUGGUGGUCUUGUCGAGGAGUGCCCUGAAGCGGCUCUAAAGUACUGUGAUGUAUUUCUACCUUUGUUCUUGGAUGCAAGCAAUGACAAAUGCCCGACUAUUAGACAGUGUGCUCUUUAUGGACUUGGGCUUUAUGCGGAAUAUGGUGGUUCUGUUUUCAAACCUUUUGUUAGAGAGGCUACUUCAAGGAUCAAUGUAGUGAUAAUGCAUUUUCGGGCUCGUGAACUUGAGAAUGAACAUGCAUAUGAUAACGCUGUUUCUGCACUUGGUAAGAUAUGUCAGUUUCACCGGGAAAGUAUUGACUCAGCCCAGAUUAUUCCGAUUUGGUUGAACUGCCUGCCUAUAAAGCGUGACUUGCAUGAAGCCAAAUAUGUUCAUGACGAGCUAUGUUUGAUGGUUGAAAGAUCAGACGAAGAACUUUUGGGUCACAACUAUCUACACCUUCCAAAAGUUAUUUCAGUUUUUGCAGAGAUUAUAUGUGCUGGAGAAGAUCUUGCUACAGAAGAAACUGCAAAUCGCAUGAUUAAUCUUUUGAGGCAUUAUCAUAAAACGCUACCACCAGCCACCUGGGCAUCGGCAUGGUCAUUGCUAUUGCCUCAACAUGAGAUGGAAUUUGAAUCCUUUUUGUUACCUGAGGAAGAUGUUAACUUGUAACUAAUACAAUGAACCUACUAGUCUUGUGAACUUGUGGGAAUAAAAAACAUUUUGAUGCUCAAUUUUCUCUCACAAAUAUCAUUCUUUUCAAGGUUGGUCAAAUGUAUAAGGUUCAGGGUCAGUUAGGGAUACCAACUCUAGUUAUUUUGUUCAUUGUACUUUUUUGUUGUCAAAUGUACUUUUUAUUGUGUCAACUCAUUUAGACUGAGUAAUUGAUUUCUAGUCUACAGCGCA